UAAUACCGUGAAAACAGAAAAAACGUGUUGUUUGUUUUGGUUUCUUGUUUCUAGUUCUACAACCUGCACUCGGCUCCCAUGAAUAUUUAACGAUAAACAGUAACAGUUACUUUCCAAUUUCUCAAUUUUUACAUCACAUCAUGUUAUUAGUUGCUCAAAUAACUUUCUUUCAUCUGAAAUUCCGAUAGAAGAUUUGAGAGAUUUAUGUAUCACACUUCAGAGUAAUAUGAAAAAUCAAAUGAAGAAGGGUGAAAAAUUAUUAUGAAAAUGAGGUGGAAAGAAUCGAACAAACAUGAUUUCGUACUGGUUUUUCGUAAAGAGAGUGCUAUUUGUAGCAUUUUUCUGUUAUGGUGUUGUGGAGUCUGUGAGUUCAAAUCAAACGGUUGUGAAUGAAACUAAUGCCAUCCUCAGAGUAGCUAUUGAAAAUUUUCAAAAUCAAUUUGAAAUAUUCAAAAAUGAAGAAUUACAGACAUCUCUUAUCAAUAACUUAUAUGGAACUCUCAAUUUCCCCAACAAAUAUUUGGAUCCAGGAGCUGAAUUGGAGAAUUUAUCAGAAAAACUAAAGGUUAAUAUUGACAUUAUCAACACUGUUCUUGAAAGAGCUAGAAGUAGUUUUAAAACUCAUAAUUCUACAAUUAUUGCCAACUAUAAGCAAUCCGUUAUUGUGCCUUGUGAAGAUGAAACAAAUGAAGAUUUAUCAGAGAUAACUGACUCUAAAAUAAAUGAUCUCUCUGAAAAUUCAGUUUAUGAAAUUUUACGUAUUUUAUAUUAUGAUCUAUGGGGACUAAAAAAUGCUUUGAAGAAAGUUCAUUUUCUGUCUCUGGCAAGUACAUCAUUUUCUGAAAAUGCAGAAAUUAUUGACAAUUUCUGUCAGAUCGAUCAUUCCAGAUUAUGGAAAUCUUAUAUGUCACACAAUGAAUACAAAACAAGGAGAGUUAUUCUUUUGAUCGACCAUGGAAAUUCACCUGAUGACAAUGUUUUAUUGUUGAGUAAACUUUUUGCUAAACAGAUGAUAUCUGUCCUGGACGAAAAUGAUAAAUUUACAGUUAUUGCAAUAGCUUCAAAGUGGUCUUCUCUCACUGUAUCGGAAUCUUGCGGUAAUCAGCAUUUACCUUCAAUCCUGGCAGCUACAGAUAAUAACAAGGAAUUGACUUACAACUUCAUUGAUAUGUUGAGUAGUAAAAGUGAAAUAACCAACCAUAACAUAGGUAUAAAAACUGCUAUGAAAAUGGCAAGAUUAUUUUAUGCUGGUGAUGAAACAGUUAUGUUGGUCUACAUAAGCCCAGGCACAGAAUUUUCAAUGACGGAAGCAAUGGAUAUCAUAACUAUGAGUGAUUUAUCGUCUCCUCUUAUUAUCAACACUUGUUCAGUAUCUUCAGGAACUUUACCUGAUAUCCAUGACAUGAAUAUACUUUCAAACAUUAUGAAUAACUUUUUCAUAGAAAAAAAUGUAAACAAAAACCAGCUGAUUUCGAGAGGUCACUUGGCUUUCAUAAAUGAUCAGUCUUCUAUAGGACCCACUGUUGCCAGAUUUUAUGAAAUGUACAAUAGCAGACUUUAUCGAACAACCACUAAAGUGUCUCUUCCAACAUGGGAUGCAGUUUCUCAAGAAUUAACAUUAACAUUCAGCAUUGGUUUUCCAAUAGGAAAUAGAUUUGUUGUUCUUGGAGUGGAUUUCUAUUUUUCUGAAUUUUUGAGGGACGUUAUUUAUUUAAGUAACUAUAGACAAAAUAUUAGUGCAAUACUCAUGGAUACCACAGGAAUGGUACUUGUUCAUCCUUCCAUACCUUCGAAAAGAAUGGGGAAACCAAUAAAAUUGGCUCACAUAUCCAAAUAUUUACCUCAAGGAUUUAACAAAAAUAUGUUUUUUGAAAUAUCAGAAGGCAUAUUUUUUUCAGAAGUAACAUCGAAAACCUAUAUCUGGAAAAAUAUUGAUAACGUUUAUGUGAUAUGUGCAGUUGUCAGCAAUUUCAAAACGGAUGUUUCGAUGGUUCCAUCUAAACUCAAUUGGUUGCCAAGUUUAGCAAACAGCCAACUUGUAUCACAACUUGCAGAUCUUGCAAAUAGCAAUUCUGUAUGUAAAAAUCUAGGCCAGAUGGCAAACAUGGAAUCACCAUCGCUGUAUCUUAGCCAGAGCUGUUUUCACCAUUCACCAAGAAUAAACAACGGAUCUUUAAAUCUAAUACCAUAUUUUCAACAUGGAAAUUUAUUGACCAAACAUGAAGGAUUACAAGAUGGUAUACGAGAUGAAUUAGCUGAUUUAGUACAAUUAACAGAUACCUUGAAGAACAAACACUUCAACAGUGUAAAUGCCGAUUAUGUGAUCCGGAGAUACGUAGCGACUAAGAGUGGUAUUCUUCAAAUAUUUCCAGGGACAUUCUUAGCACCAAAUUUUGAACCAUCAAAAAGAUUAUGGUUCCUCCGAGCUACCGAGUUGGUUGGUAGAAUUGUGGUUAGUCCGCCAUAUCUAGAUUCUGGAGGUGCUGGCUACAUAGUUACAGUUUCCUAUGCCACUCCCUUUUUUGUAUUAGGUAUUGAUCUUACCUAUGGUUAUAUUUUGAAAAAAAAUUUAGAAGACAAUUUGGAUUGUACGAACAAUACGUGUUUCUUAGUUGAUGAUAGAGGCUAUCUUGUAUCCCAUCCAGACAUAAUUACAUCCCUGGAAAAUGAAAAUGAACCAGUAGAACAACUUCAUAUAGUCCACAAAGAAUCUUCAGUAGCGAAUGAUCUUCUAAACCAUGAACAAUUUGUGCAGAAACUAGCUUGUAACGAUUAUUCAGCAGGUACCAUUCAAAGGUAUUAUCAACUAAAUCUGAGUUUUCCCGGAAUUUUAACUGGUUUUGUUCUUGGAGAAUCAUGUAUUUCAUACUCGAUUGGUUCUAUAGAAGGUACCAACCUAUUUUUAGGUGUUGUUAAGGCUGCUUGUCCCAUUACUAGGACUUUUUGUCCUUGUAGUGUUGUCGAUAGGAUCUGUUUGAACUGUGGCAACAUGGAGAAACAGGAGUGUGAAUGUCCUUGCGAAUGUCAAAUACGCAGAAGCAGUUGUAGCAUCUACACAUCUCAUGAUGAUUAUAAAAUGUGCGAUACAGUGCUAGCGGGAUUUUCUGCCGAACCUGUUUUUGAGAACCUUGAAGAUGUUCCUCAGUGCCCUAGUUCGAAUUGUGAAACCAAAACCACUUACCUUUCUUGCUUGGGUGUCAAAGGUUGUGAAUGGUGCAAGAAAGAUACAUAUGGAUUUUCUUUAGACACCCCUUUUUGUACUAGCUUGUCCUUGUGUUUCAAUGGGGUUCUAGGAGGACCAAGCCCUUACAAAGAUGCUAAUGUAGGAAAGACAAAUAUACUAUCUUCCAUUAAGAGCACCAACUUUGUUUUGUGUUUAAUUGUUGUGCUUGGAGUUGUGUUAUUUUUAAUUUUUAUUUGUUUACGUUCAUAUAACAAUGUGCCCCGAAGCUCAAGAGUGUAUUUAUCGGCUAGGCAAGAUCAUCUCCAUAUGAACGAUUUAAAUAUAAAUGAUAAUUUCGUUGAACAAGGUAAUCACAAUGACAAAUUACUCAUCGAAGAGAAAAAAAGGACUCCAAUUUCCCCAUAUUGUGUUCAAUCAAGCUAUUUUAGACCAACUACUGCAGCAGAUUCAGAUCAUGGUUAUUCAACCAUGACUCCUCACGAUGAGUCAGAGCAGUUAUCAUUAGCCCCUAUGGAAAUUGAUUCCUUAGAAGAAGAUAUGGCUUCGGACAGAACUACCCCUCCUAUCAAGGUACCCCUGUCAAAAAUACCGCAUAAGAAUCGUAUUGUUGUUCCAGUUACUGUACAUCGACAUGUUGAUGCCACUUAAUCAAUUGUGUUCAAUCAACUAAUGUUUUUUAUAACUUAUUGUGAAUUGUGCAUUAUAAAUAUGUGUGUUUGGGGAAAUAAUCUUCACCGCCAUUUUAUAUUUUUAUAAUAUUGUGACUGAAAUAUUUAUUGCUUCUUCAUUCAAACUAAUUGCAUAAAUUUUUUAUUGUUAUUUUAUACUUUAUAUAAACUGAUUGUAGGAGCAAUUAAUGAACUUUUAAUUUUUCAAAACCCAGUACAAAAUUAUUUUUUAUUUUUAUGAAUAAAUUCUUUGUAUCGUA